AUGGCUGACGCCACUACUCUGGGUCCUCCAGCACCAAGCCAGGGUCCUAUUACCCCACGCAAAGGUCCCCCCAAGUUCAAACAGAGACAGACCCGCCAGUUCAAGAGCAAGCCUCCUAAGAAAGGCGUGAAAGGGUUUGGAGAUGACAUCCCAGGCAUGGAGGGGCUAGGAACAGACAUCACAGUGAUCUGUCCCUGGGAAGCAUUCAGCCACCUGGAACUGCAUGAGCUCGCUCAGUUCGGGAUUAUAUGA